AUGAAAGUGAUGGUGAAGAAGAUCCCGGUGGUGAACAAGGGGUUGGCACCGGUCAAAAUGAAAUUCGGGGUGAUGCAGUACCUGGGCGGCUACGACGACUACUACGAAACCUUGGGUUAUUGUAACGUGAAGCGAGAUCUUCCUAUUCUAGCUAAAGCGUCCAUCAUGGAGACCAAGCGUUCCUGGACCUUCGAUAGCAUGUUAGACACCAUAGAACCGAAACUUUACGAUGUUUUGAAGGUCAAGCCGUCGACCAACGUUAUUCUGAAACCGAAUAAGAGGAUCAACGUGAUGAUCUUCUUCAAACCGACGGCCAGGGUAAGGCCGUUCUCGGUUAAAAUCGCUCUUCAAACGAAUUCCAACAUUAUACCGUUGUUCUUGGUUCGUGGAAGUUGCGUAGGCACGGAAUUUCGCUUAAACAGAACCAGUAUCUUCUUCGGAACGGUGAUUCAAGAUUGUAUCGAAGAAUCUAAGAUGAUUCUAAUGAACACCGGAGAUCUGGGAUCAAGAUUCAAAUGGAACGUAGCGAAAUUGCCGAAAGAUUUCCAAAUCAUCCCUAUGUCCGGUUACUGCUCGGUCGACACGCAUGUCGUUUUCGUGGUGAAGUUCCAACCUUUCGAACAAAAAAACAUAAUCGAGGGUGAGGCAUUUCUAGAAAUCGAAAAGCACAGAUCUCUGAGUAUUAAAAUAUCAGGAGCGUGUUGCAAAUUGCCAGAUCCUAUAAGCACGAUCAAUUUCGAGUCGUUCGUAAGAGAAAAGCAAACCCGAUCCGUGAUCAUAAUGAACGACUCGAACGCCCCCUGGAGACUGAAGAUCGAAGUGAAAGGCGAUUAUUUCUCCGCUGAUCAACUCCUCCAAAUCCCUCCACUGCAAUUGGCUCCUUGCGUCGUCACUUACGCGCCCAUUGUCAUGAACACCGACGAGACGCUGAACACGGGAUCAUUGGUAUUGAGAUGUCCGGAGGAGAACGUGUAUUUGUUAUACAUCCUUCGUGGAAGAAGCUUGCCUCCCCGAGUUUCAGAUACUAUUAUUCGUCGGAUCCCCGCUAAAACGAAAUACACCGAACUUUUGCCUGUCCACAACUGGUUGGACACACAGCAGCGAUUUCAUUGUAAGAUCGAAAGGGUGAAAGAUUAUAGCCACGACGAUCAUCAUCAGCAUAAGCAAGAGAUUCCUAUAUAUAGUUUCGUAGGGAACGAGAAAUUCGACGUUCCAGCGAACAGUCAACGAGACUAUCACGUCGUGUUUUAUUGCUACGAGAAGUGGAAUUUUCAUUUUAAGAUAACGUUUACCACCGAGGAUCAAGAAUAUCAAUUCUACGAGAUAGAGUACGAGGUAACCGAGCCUGAAGUGAUCGAAUCCAUUAAAUUGAUAACAACGGUUCGAUCCGAGAUUUGUUACCCCUUGAAAUUCGAAAACCCUUUGCAAAAUAUAAUAAGACUUAAAGCGGAUUGUCUCAAUCCAUUUGUUAUCGUCAAAGUACCAAGAUUAAUGCCGCCAGAAUCGCACGAGUAUAUUUCUGUUUAUUUUAAUCCUUUGCUGCCAUGCGACGAGUCUGUCAUCAUGAAUAUCUAUUGCACUAAUAUGGGCCUGUUCCCGUACGAAUUGCAGUUGAGAGGUGUUCCAGCGCCUCCGGAGAAUGUCACACGUGUUAACGCUUAUUUGGGAAAUAUUGCCGAGUUUUCCCUCAUUCUGAAAAACUUAACCACAGACCACUUUGCCCAAUUUACAAUACGAGUGGAUAGCAAUUGUUUCACGUGUCCAGAAACUGUCGACGUUUCCAAAGAAGACGUGUAUAUGCUCAAGGUAAUUUUCGAGCCGUGCGACAUUGAAAAUGUGUCCGCCACGUUGACAGCAUCCUCGAUCACUGCUGGAGAAUUCAUAUUUCCGUUGAUCGGUUCGUGCUCCCUGCCAAAACCAAUGGGUCCUUACAUAAUCACUCGAACCUCUUUUGCUUCUAUUUCUUUCAAAAAUGUCUUCAGAAAAACAAAGACCUUCAAUUUUAUCGUCGACGAGCCUGAUAGUUUCAUGGUGAACACAACAUCGAUCACUUUGAAUUCAAAACAGAGUAUAGUCGUUAAUGUGAAUAUUAAGGAAAUCGAGCAAUACAAAGACGAAAAAUUUCAGGAAGAAAAGUAUCCUGUUACUGGAAAAUUAAUAGUAUACUGCACUGACCCGGAAUUUUCUUAUAUUAAUUGGGUGUAUUAUUUGAGAGGAAUAUUCGAAUGAUGUACAUUUUGCGUCCCAAAAAUAUUAUUAAUAUAUAUUAAUUAUAAGCCGAGUAAAAAUUUUAUAUAUAUCCAAAUAAAUAUGAUAUCGUGAAGAAUUCUGUGAUUCUAUUUAAUAAUAAAAGCUUUGGCGAAAAGAAUGCACCUUAAGGUUAAAAAUCUAAAAAAGAUCGUUUCGCUUUAAGAAAGAAGACUUUGACCUUUGUCGAUUAGGAUUGAAUAAAUAUUUAAAGAAAAAAGAAAAAAAAUCACAUAUUUCACUUUUCCCCUUGUUUU